UCGGCGCCAGAGCCUCUGGCGGUCAGGAAGGAAGCCUGGACAUCCCCACCGCACAUCGGGGCACAUGACCACCGCCGAGAUGUGCUGGGGCCCCCUCUCUGUGCUCCUGUUCUGGGGGCUCCUGGGGACCCUCCACGGCCAGCAGCAGGAGGCCAUCUCACCCGACAUCACCGUCUCCGAGAGAAACAACAACUGCCCAGAGAAGUCCGACUGCCCCGUCAACGUGUACUUCGUGCUGGAUACCUCGGAGAGUGUGGCCAUGCAGUCCCCCACCGACAGCCUGCUCAACCACAUGCAGCAGUUCGUGCCUCAGUUCAUCAGCCAGCUGCAGAACGAGUUCUACCUGGACCAGGUGGCCCUGAUGCGCUACGGCGGCCUGCACUUCUCCGACCAGGUGGAGGUGUUCAGACCCCCCGGGAGCGACAGGGCCUCCUUCACCAAGAGCCUCCAGGGCAUCCACUCCUUCCGCAGGGGCACCUUCACCGGCUGCGCGCUGGCCAACAUAACGCAGGAGGUCCGGCAGCAUGGGGGCCGCGGGGUGGUCCACUUCGCCGUGGUCAUCACCGAUGGCCACGUCACUGGCAGCCCCUGGGGCAUCAAGCUGCAGGCUGAGCGGGCCCGUGAGGAGGGGAUCCGGCUCUUUGCCGUGGCGCCACACCGGAACUUGAAUGAGCAGGGCCUGAGGGACAUCGCCAGCACCCCUUAUGAGCUCUACCGCAGCAACUAUGCCACCAUGCGGGCCGACUCCCCGGAGAUCGACCAGGACACCAUCAACCGCAUCAUCAAGGUCAUGAAACACGAAGCCUAUGGGGAGUGCUACAAGGUGAGCUGCUGGAGAUUCGGACCCGCAGGUCCCAAGGGCUACCGUGGACAGAAGGGUGCCAAGGGCAAACAUGGGAGAGCCAGGAGAGCCGGGACGAAGGGGCGACAGGGAGAUCCAGGCAUCGAAGGUCCCAUGAUUCCAGGACCCAAGGGUGUUCCUGGCUUCAAAGGAGAGAAGGGUGAAUUCGGAGCAGAUGGUCGGAAGGGGGCUCCUGGCCUGGCCGGCAAGAAUGGGACUGAUGGACAGAAGGGCAAACUAGGCCGCAUCGGACCCCCUGGCUGCAAGGGAGACACAGGAAACCGAGGCCCUGAUGGGUACCCAGGAGAAGCUGGAAGCCCAGGAGAGCGAGGAGACCAAGGUGCCAAGGGAGACUCUGGCCGCCCUGGACGCAGGGGGCCCCCAGGAGACCUCGGGGACAAAGGGAGCAAGGGCUAUCAAGGCAACAAUGGAGCCCCAGGAAGUCCAGGUGUGAAGGGAGCCAAGGGUGGACCUGGGCCUCGUGGGCCCAAAGGCGAGCCAGGGCGCAGGGGAGACCCCGGAACCAAGGGCGGCCCCGGCAGUGACGGCCCCAAGGGGGAGAAGGGAGACCCUGGCCCGGAGGGGCCCCGGGGCUUGGCUGGAGAAGUGGGCAACAAAGGAGCCAAGGGAGACCAAGGAUUGCCUGGACCCAGGGGCCCACAGGGGGCUCUGGGAGAGCCUGGGAAGCAGGGCUCUCGGGGAGAUCCCGGUGACGCUGGGCCCCGAGGAGACUCAGGACAGCCAGGCCCCAAGGGCGACCCCGGAAGGCCUGGAUUCAGCUACCCGGGACCCCGGGGGACACCUGGAGAAAAAGGCGAACCGGGCCCCCCAGGCCCUGAGGGAGGCCGAGGGGACUUUGGCCUGAAAGGAGCACCCGGAAGGAAAGGAGAGAAGGGCGAGCCUGCAGACCCUGGGCCGCCUGGCGAGCCAGGCCCCCGAGGACCACAAGGCAGCCCAGGACCUGAGGGUGAGCCUGGACCGCCCGGGGACCCCGGCCUCACGGAGUGUGACGUCAUGACCUACGUGCGGGAGACCUGCGGGUGCUGCGACUGCGAGAAGCGCUGUGGGGCCCUGGAUGUGGUCUUCGUCAUCGACAGCUCCGAGAGCAUUGGCUACACCAACUUCACCCUGGAGAAGAACUUCGUCAUCAACGUGGUCAACAGGCUGGGGGCCAUCGCCAAGGACCCCAAGUCGGAGACAGGCACGCGUGUGGGCGUGGUGCAGUACAGCCACGAGGGCACCUUUGAAGCCAUCCAGCUGGACGACGAGCGCAUCAACUCCCUGUCCAGCUUCAAGGAGGCCGUGAAGAACCUGGAGUGGAUCGCCGGCGGAACCUGGACCCCCUCCGCCCUCAAGUUUGCCUACGACCAGCUCAUCAAAGAGAGCCGGCGCAAGAAGACCCGUGUGUUCGCGGUGGUCAUCACAGACGGACGCCACGACCCACGGGACGACGACCUCAACCUGAGGGCCUUGUGCGACCGGGACGUGACGGUGACGGCCAUUGGCAUCGGCGACAUGUUCCACGAGAGGCACGAGAGCGAGAACCUCUAUUCCAUCGCCUGCGACAAGCCACAGCAGGUACGGAACAUGACGCUCUUCUCCGACCUCGUGGCUGAGAAGUUCAUCGACGACAUGGAAGACGUGCUCUGCCCGGAUCCCCAGAUCGUGUGCCCAGAGCUUCCCUGCCAGACAGAGCUGUCCGUGGCCCAGUGCGCCCAGCGGCCGGUGGACGUGGUCUUCCUGCUGGAUGGCUCUGAGCGGCUGGGCGAGCAGAACUUCCACAAGGCGCUGGGGUUCGUGGAGGAGGUGGCGCGGCGCCUGCCGCUGGCACAAGGGGACGACGACCCGCUGCGUGCCCGCCUGGCGCUGCUGCAGUUCGGCGGUCCCCGCGAGCAGCUCGUGGUCUUCCCACUCAGCUCCGACCCCGCGGCCAUCCGCGAGGCGCUGGGCCGCGCCGCCUACCUCAACUCCUUCUCGCACGUGGGUUCGGGCGUGGUGGGCGCCAUCAACGGCGUGGUCCGGGGCCCCCGCGGCGCGCGGCGCCUGGCCGAGCUGAGCUUCGUCUUCCUCACCGACGGCGUCACGGGCAACCACAGCCUGGACGAGGCUCUGCACUCCAUGCGCAAGCAGAACGUGGUGCCCACGGUGGUGGCCGUGGGCAGCGACGUGGACAUGGACGUGCUCACCAAGCUCAGCCUGGGCGACAGGGCGGCCAUCUUCCGAGAGAAGGACUUCAACGGCCUGGUGCAGCCCAGCUUCUUCGACAGGUUCAUCCGCUGGAUCUGUUAGCGGCAGGCGACCUGCCUGCGCACCCCUAUCCCUGGUGCUAACGGGACCCCAGCCCCGUCGUGCCCAGUGGGGCGGCACGCUGGGCCCGGAGGCUGUGGAGAGCCCCUGCUCCGAGGUCAGGACUGGAGGACCCUGCACCCCAGCCCCUGUCCACUUCCAGCUCCCUGAGUGUCCCUCCCCCUCCAUCUUGCCCAUACCCUGAGCUCUAGGCCCGUGAGAGACCCGAUGGUACCCCAGUACCCGCUUUCCCGGUCCCUGUCUCUGCUCCCCCGCUCUUGCCCCCUCCCCUGCCCUGUGAGCUGGGCUCCACAGCCUUCCGCCAGCUCUCCCCGGACCCCGCACACCCCGCUUUCACACGAGAGCCCCUGUCACACACUGUGCCCAAUAAAGGCUUUGAACCCA